GUGGGGCGGGGCGGGGCGGGCGCGUCCCGGGCGCGCUGCGCUGUCGCCAUCGAUCGCACGCGGCACCCGUUGGAAUCUCGCGCGCGGGGGGGCACCAGCACCUUUGCUUCCAUUGGAAGCGCAAAUGUCUGCUCCGCCUCGUCGCCCCUGCACGGAUUACUGGUUUCUUAUAUGGAAAAAGUGGAGGAAUUAAUUGUGGAGUCGGGUGGUGAGAUCUGAUUUUAGAUUGGUUGAUUAGCCCGGUUGGUAGAAGCAGUCGGUGGUGGUGGUGGUGGUGCACUGCUUCUACCUCCCCUGCAUCUCUGCUCGGGUGUGUGUGAAGCGCGGGCUCUAUAUAAGUACGACUCAGAUCUGAGACGAUGCCACCUCGUCCGCCCCAGUCUAGUCCGAUUCAAACCCGCCCGUUCCCCGUGUCCGAGCCACGCAAGCCGAGCUCAAUCCCCAGAGGCCAGAGCCAGCUGCUCGGCGCUCCACGCGAUGGCGCAGAAGGAGACCAAUGGCAGCAACGGCGAGCACAUCUCCACCCGCCCGCCGCCGACCCCGUCGCCCCUCCGCUUCUCCAAGUUCUUCCAGGCUAACCUGCGGAUCCUGGUCACUGGUGGGGCGGGCUUCAUCGGCUCGCACCUCGUGGACAGGCUCAUGGAGAACGAGAAACACGAGGUCAUUGUUGCUGAUAACUUUUUCACUGGUUCAAAAGAUAACCUGAAGAAGUGGAUCGGACACCCAAGAUUUGAGCUCAUCCGCCAUGAUGUCACCGAGCCACUUCUUGUGGAGGUUGACCAGAUCUAUCACCUUGCUUGCCCUGCUUCACCAAUCUUCUACAAGCACAAUCCUGUUAAGACCAUCAAGACAAAUGUUAUUGGUACCCUGAACAUGCUGGGCCUUGCAAAGAGAGUUGGAGCUAGGAUUUUGUUGACAUCAACAUCUGAAGUUUAUGGUGAUCCGCUUGAGCAUCCUCAAACCGAGGCCUACUGGGGCAAUGUUAACCCAAUUGGAGUCAGGAGCUGUUAUGAUGAGGGUAAGCGUGUAGCAGAGACGCUGAUGUUCGACUAUCACAGGCAGCAUGGCAUUGAAAUCCGAAUUGCCAGGAUUUUCAACACCUAUGGACCAAGGAUGAACAUUGACGAUGGCCGUGUUGUUAGCAACUUCAUUGCUCAGGCUGUGCGUGGCGAACCCCUUACUGUCCAGAAGCCAGGAACACAGACUAGGAGCUUCUGCUAUGUCGCCGAUAUGGUUGAUGGUCUUAUUAGACUGAUGAAUGGAAACAACACUGGGCCGAUUAACUUGGGGAACCCAGGUGAAUUCACCAUGCUGGAACUUGCUGAGAAUGUGAAGGAGUUGAUUAACCCAGAUAUAACAGUGACGAUGACCGAGAACACUCCUGAUGAUCCCCGCCAGAGGAAGCCGGACAUCACCAAGGCAAAGGAAGUUCUAGGGUGGGAGCCCAAGAUCGUCCUGAAGGACGGCUUGGUGCUCAUGGAGGAUGAUUUCCGGGAGCGCCUGGCCGUGCCCAAGAAAACCAAGGCCUAAACUGCCCUGCGGUGGGCGAAGAAUAUCCACGGGGGAGCAUACUCAUAGUUGGCUUGUCAUUAUUCGUGGCCACAUUUCAUUACGGAAUUUGAGUUCCAAUAAACGGAAUAUACCUUCGUCGAUCACCUUGAAGGAUUGUAUCAUUAGAAUUUUCAUACAGGGCUGGCCUUUUGAGUCUCUGCCUACGCACGCAGAUGUUGUGGUUCUUGUGUUUGUAGCCUAUAUGUACUCCCUGAGUCGAUUAUAGAAAUGUUUAUUCCAUUUUGAGUUUUUUGUUC